AUGUGCACUCAUUUUGGUCUGCCUACAUUGCUGUCUGAAAUCAGCGUUUUCGCUGAUUUGGUUAUCCAAAGUCCAUUUCUUUUAAGGCAAGUGAAAUUGAGUCACCUUUUUGAAAAUUUUGGUCAAUCCAAAGUCAGCGAGCUUCAAAAAGCCGCCCAUGUCAAAAAGAGUGUUCCAUACACUACUCCUUCUUUCUCCAGGUACACCAUGCCUAUCACUACCUAUACAUCCAGGCAAACAAAUAAAACACGUGCGUCUAUUGUUGCUGACCGACUGACUGCAUGUAAUUCGAAAGUUAGCUUGGUUUUAUUGCCUGAAACUAUUCUCAGCUUUGGUUUUAAUUCGGACUAUCAUAAGAUCCAUAAUAGCAAUUCAACAAGUGUCAGUGAAUUAGCGAAACGUAGAUUAGUGAGUAUGGCACCUCACAGGACAAUCAUUUUACCUUCCAUUUACGAAUUCUCCAAUUUGAAAAAAUCAAAACAAAAGCAAUCUCAAAAUGCGGGAGGUCAAAAAAAACAAACCGUUGUUUUGUUUAAGUUUCACAACCUUAUCACUAGUCCGAUUGCUAAGUUAUUCUCCACAAACCUUAAUGUUCGAUUAUCGCCAAAAGCGCAGAAUCAUGCCACUGUGGUGGAAAUAAGGUGCAGCAGUGUUGUCUAUUCUGGAACAUCGUGGACAAUGAAUUUGGCAGCUAACACUGAUGAAUGUGUAAAAAAUAUAACGUACCUACAAAAAACAUUAGGACAGUUGUUCCACUUAUGGCCUGUUCAACUUUGUGCUAACAAGUGUCAUUUGUUGAAUAAUAAAUUUCGUUUAUUGGAUUCGGGUCUCCACAGCGAUCAGUCUACUCACUUUUCAGAAUAUCUGGCUUAUCAUUUAUGCUGCACUUGUGCACUCAUGAGAGGAGUAACAACUCUUUGUUUGCUUAAGAAAUCACAGGCUAAGCUAAAACAUAAUGGAAAAAGUACAGGACAGGUGAGUUCUUGGCAAAAAAACACUGCAGAUGCCUCUUCACUCAAAUAUUAA